CACUCAAAGUCUCAAAGUUGCUUUCCGAAAGUUGCCCAUAGCCAUGAGAGUGGCUCUGAGUACGGAAGCCCCAGCUGAAGCGUCUGGAAGUGUUGUUGCGCCAACUGAAGCAUUUGAGAGUGCCGUAGUGCCCGGUGUCAAACUGCAUGCAAAAGCAUGUGAAGGUAGCACGCUGUUUCAAAAUGAUUUGCCGGCAACUGAGAUGGGGUUGAGCGAAGAGGCAGAGGUGUUGUAUUGGCGAAAGUACAGCACACCGAAGUGCCGGAAGUGCAACAGCUGCCAAAAGGAUCCAGGUGAAGCUGGCUGGCACAUUGGAUACAUUGGAUACAUUGGAUACAUGGGUGCUUGACGACCAUGCAGCAAUCGAGGCGACGUUCGGUGACCAGGUGAAAGUGCCACACGUUCUCCGGCUUCCGGCACCUCGAACAUCCUGACGGUUUGCCGUCCAAACGUGGCACCCAAGUGGUUACGAUUUUAAUGAUUUGAUGGUUUCAAUAUGUUUUGGAAAAUGUUUUGGAAAAUGUUUCAAUGUGGACUUGGAAAAGGAAGAGGAGGUUCAAAGGGAGAAGCGUGUACUGCAGGAGAGGAAAAAGAGGGUGCAAAAGAAACUUGACAAAGAACGAUGUGAACAUGUAUUGUGCUGCUUUCCUUUAUAUUUCUUCUGCAUGUUUCUCAGCUUUACGUUUCUCAUCCUUGCAUCUUUGUGCCGCAUGACGUAGCCUCUGCUGUUCUACUGAGCUUGGCAGUGGUUGUGUUGCUGGGCAGCGUGGCAUUGAAUGGUUGCUUCGCCUAUCAUGGUGUGCAUACGCGUGUUGUUUCCUUGGUGCACUAGGCGUGGCUGCGGCCAUUGCUCGUUAGUGUGCUGAUCGCUGGGCUGCCAUGCCGUGGCCUCUCCACCUGUGUUGUGCUUGGUCGGUUAGCUCCCUGGAAGAGGAGAUAGAGGACAUGGAGGAUAUGGAUAAGAAAUCGGUCGCUGAACGCACCAUUGUCUUCCACGGCUCCAUCCUUGAGGGUAAGGGCCCAUGUGUUUCCUCAUGGCCUGGGAAGUACGAAUCUGCUUGGGAUGUCCUGGUCACAGGAAGCCGCAAAGGCAAUGUCAGCGCCGCUGUGGUCUUUCUGCCAGAAGGCUCUGAGCAUUUCGGCUGCCAUGACCCAAUCCUAGAGGAGGAAAACCUUGAGGGCAGCUGCUUGCAGGGAUGAAGGGAAAGGGCAAAGUUUAGCACUUUCUGACGGCUGGCGAGGAACACAUGAGGCGAGAAGCCAUUCAAGGCAAGAAGAAGCAGUUUCUGAAGUCGGGGGACUUUUGUGAUGCACUCCAUGAAAGGAUUGAAGGCCUUCGCCAAGGGCCCCGUAGAGACUCCUCUUCCCAAUACUCGCGUGAGGUACAUGGCCUUUUUUUGGCUUCCCUCACAGAGGAGGAUUGCAACUUCCUUGAGGCAUCUGAAGGUCUUGGAAAUUCUCAGAAGGCCGAGGUGGCAUGGCUCGACAAGAAGGGCUAUGCUUACACUGAAGUGGAGAUAGAUGUGUCCACUUGGCUUAAGUAGGUAGAUGGCAAAGAUCUCUUUCAGGAGUUUUUUUGGUCGCAGCAGGCAAUUGGCCAAGCCAUUGCGCAUAGCUGAGUAGUUGCCAUCAACUCCUUAUUUCCGCCAAAGUGCAUCAGAACAAA